AUGAGCUCAACAGUCAGACAGUUUGAGUUUCAUGAUACAGCAGCACAGCAGUCUCUGACCGUCAAAAUUCCAGAGGUUACAGAAGCAAAUUAUGGCUUGUAUAUCUGGCCUUGUGCCCCAGUUCUGGCCCAGUAUGUUUGGUUGAACAGAAAUACAAUUACAGGGAAACAUAUAAUUGAGAUUGGUGCUGGCACUUCCUUGCCAGGUAUCGUAGCUGCGAAAUGUGGAGCAGCGGUAACCCUGAGUGACAGGAGCACAUUUGACAACUGUCUCAGCGUGUGUCGCCAGAGUGCACACCUGAAUGGCCUCACUGAUGUGUCAGUAAUUGGUCUGACAUGGGGUCAGGUCACUCCUGCACUUGUCAGUCUUCCAAAAGUGAACAUUAUUCUGGCAUCAGACUGCUUUUAUGAUACAAAAGACUUUGAAAAUGUCAUCAUGACAUUUUCGUACUUGUUGCAUAAAAAUCCAGAGGCCGAGGUCUGGUGCUGCUAUCAGGAGAGAAGCUCUGAGAGAACUGUGGAAUAUUUAAUGGAUAAGUGGCAGCUCUGUGGACAGAUGGUGGAAAUUCCCAGUCUGGAGACCAUGACAAGUUCCUAUAGUGACCACCUGCGCCAUGUUAUUCAGCUGUUCAUUAUAAAGCUUCAGACAGACAAAACUGUGUGA